AAGUUCAAGAUCUACCCGGCCUGGCGUCACAAUUCACAACACCACUGGCGUCUGGCUGCCAGAGUGUAGUCGUACAUGAGUUUCAAGGGAAGUGUACCGAUGACGGAGGAGACAAGCAUACAAAGAGGGACUGAGACGAUACCAAAUAAAUAAAGACAAAUAGAAAAACGUCGAAUAAUAUUAUACAGCUAGGAUCGCUACUGAGGAUAGGACUCCCUAAGGCAUUGCAAUGACCAGUGUUGUGUCUCACUUCCUGCUGUGGCUUGUCCUGCAACUGUAACCAUGGAGCCUCUGGAGGCACUCAUCAGCAAGGCAGAUUACUUGAUGGAGCAGAGCCAUGAGGCGCUGGUGCAGGGUGGCUAUGGGGCCCUGCAGGGACAGCCUCUCUUUAAGAAGCUAGCUGCUAUCUAUGCUGAAGAAGCCAACAAGACACCAAGAAUAAAGAGUAUCAGUUUGACACACAAAUUGUUGGAUAAGUUGGUGAAACGAGAAAAUUUGAACUGUUUGGUGGUGAACCUGUACCGAGGCAAUGAAGGCUAUUCCCUUGCUAUCAAGAUGUCAUCAGGACUUGAAACUGAAACUGUCCGUCUUCCAUAUGAAGAAGAUUCUUUCCUGACUUACAUUGAUAAUGAAAAACUCCCUCCAAUGUUGCUAGACUUAUUAGACGAUUCCAACAUAGAAAUUUAUCACUCGGGAUGUGUCAUAGCAGAGUUGCGUGAUUACAGAAGGAUGCUGGACUCUUCUUAUGAGACAAGAUACGUUCUUCUUCAGCCAACAGGCCAGUCGGUGAUGGCUGAUGUUGCAUCUAUGAGCCAAGACCGGGACUGGAGCACUGAAGAGAAGCUGUAUGUAGAAGCUGAGAUUAUUAAGAGAAUGGCUCCUUCCCUCAACCUGUCUCCAUCACCCCUGGUGGCCAUCAUCAGUAACAAGCUGCACCAGAGGAAGUACAAGUUUUCAACAGUGCCAGUCAAAAGAGCAGCAAGGAGGUUUAGUCAGAUUGCUCAGAAUCGGAAAAAGGUGUUUGAGGAGUUUGCAGCGCCCAAGUGCCUAAGGUUACACAAUUUCCUGAGUGGCAAGAAGGAAAGACGAUCCAAUGGGAAGAAUGUAACAAAACCACUGAUCCCUACAUCAAUGGACAGUAUCCCAGAUCUGAGUGUUCCUGAAAGCAUUGACGUUCCCAAAGUUGCUCGUAUGUAUGAACGUCCAAGCUACACCACAGACAACUCCCUUGUGUUCAUUGAGGAGCUGGUGCUGGAGACUGAGCGGGCCCAGGGCAGGAUAUACCACACCAAACUGACGAUAUCACAAAGGAAAACAGAUGAGGUGUACUUUGGUGAACUGUAUGUUGACCGGGACUACCAAGAAGGAAAACAAAAUGGAUCUACUUGCAAGUUUCAGUUGGGAACACAACAGCAAGUGUGUCGAUAUAUACAACAGUUCAAGGAAAUAUUUACUGAAGACUGGAGGAAGAGUGUCAAAAUAACCCAUAGGGUGGCUGGGCAGGCAGCCUACUCCACUUUCAUGCCUGGCAGUCGUGACAAAAAAGAUGUGGAGCUUCUCAAACAAGCUUCAGCGCAGCAACCAGCUCAGCAACAGAUUCAAGGACAGCAACAGACUCAACAACAGCAGCAACAGCAACAGCAACAGCAACAGCAGCAGCAGCAACAACAACAACAACGAGCUGUUGCUGACGCUGUUAUUGCGGUGGCCAUUGCUACAGCUGGAGGGGGCUCUCUUGGGGUAUCAUCGACUGCUUCUACAACAGGCGUCACCCAACACACUCCUCAGAACGUCAUCAUCGUCUCCAAUGGUGAUGGUGUGAAGAAAUCUGUUACUGUGGUCAGUAAACCAGUAGGGGUGACUUCUACCCCUACUUCUCUUACCAGCCUCAUCACAGCUCAACCAGGUCAGCAGGGCUCAGGAGGUCAUCAGGUAGUGGUGGCACGAAACUUUUUGGCAGGCCGAGGAACACAGACUGCCACAGGAAUGACAGGCAUGGCCAGCAGCAUUACUGGUACAGUGACAACAGGGCCAGGAGCCACCAAGAUAACCCUGCCUUCCUUGACCACGCAGCUGAAUCGAACAGUGCCUGCAUACUCACAGGCAGUCUCACUUGCCAAGCCGCAGACUUCCUCGCCGUCAUUGACUGCUCUGAAGGGCACCGGACCAGCUAGCUCCCAGGCAGCAGUGUCUGUGCCAAGGCCUCAGGUUGUCAGUUUGGUAGGAGCAGUGAGUGAGGUAGCAGGCCACUCUAAAACCCCUACCAGUGACCCUCCAAGCUCCUCCCUCAAUGUAUCUGGACUGCAACAACUGUUGGCAGGUACCCCAUCAGCAGACAACCCGGCACCUCAGCGAGGAGGUCCCUCCCUCCUGGAGCGCUUGUCAGCACAAUCAUCAAGUGCUGUUGCUGCCGCUGCUGCAGCCAGCAAGCAACAAGAGGGAAGUGGAGUGAAAAUAGGAGUGAGCAGUGCAUCAUCUGGCCAGACAAGUGUGGUGGGCUCAGCUGCGGCAGCUGUUUUGCGGAGUGACAGUGGUAGUGGAGGACCUCCUCCAAAUGUGAACAUUGCCAGCCUGAACCUUCCUGGCCUAAAUGUAGCAGGACUGCAGAGCUUGACAACGAACAUUGGUGGCUUGCAAAAUGUUCAAGUAACCAUUCCAGGACUGGCAGUGCCCAUCUCUCUCUCCCUCAAUGUGCCUGUGAGCAGCUCCACUGGGGUCAUCCUUUCUUCCCCGCCGCCUGCCAGUGUAGCCACCAAGGUUUCUGGAUCUACAGCCUCUACCACAGCAACAACAGUGAUGAUAGCCAGCCAGCCAGCACUCCAGCAAGGCCAAGUGGUCCAGCUUCCCAUAAGUCAGCUGAACUCAUCUCAGCUGGCAACACAGCUUGCCAAGUCAUCUGGCCAGCAAGGAGGAUCCUCUUCUUCUAUUCCUGUGUUGCAGGUUCAGGGCGUGGGAGGACAGCUGUUUACUUCUGUCCGGGGAAGUGGCAGUGUGACAAGUGGAGGGGCAGUAUCAGGUACAGGCACCUCUGCCACCUCCCUACCACAGCAGACAGUGCAGGUGGCUCUACAGACUGGUCAGGGUAACAGCACUGUGGUCUCAGGAGGAGAGGCUGCCAUUGGCUCAGUUCACACUGCUACUUCUCAGCCAUCUGUGGUCACACUCAAGGCCAAGCAGCAACUCCAGUUGGCCCUACAGAAGACCAACUCAAUAAGCAAUCUCACACAUGUACAGCAGAAAUUGGCUGCUCUUGCCAAACUCACACAGCAGCCACAGCAGCAGCAACAGCAGCAGCAGCAGCCGCAGCCACAACAGCAGCAACAGCAACAGCAGCAGCAGCAACAGCAACAGCAACAACAGCAACAACAACAACAACAGCAACAACAACAGCAGCAGCAACAACAACAGCAACAGCAACAACAACAGCAACAACAACAACAACAACAGCAGCAGCAACAACAAUAACAACAGUAACAGCAAUGAAAAAAAAAAAAAAAACACCAGUAGUACAGUUGACUACUAAAAAUCUGGCAAUCGGUAUUCUGGAAACAAGUUUUCCAGCAUUAAUGUCUAAGCAACUUUUUAAAUUUACUGAAUUAGAGUGCCAUUGUUUUCUGGAUGCCGCUGUUUUUUUGUUGUGUUGGCGCUGUACUAUGAAAUCAUGUGUGGUGGUCCUGCUUGCAACAGCUGACAGGCAUUUCUUCUCAUUUAAUCAUUCAUUUGCUAUGGUAUAACCCCAUUAUGAAUUCAAAGAAAAGUAGAGUAAAAUACAAACAUCAUGUUUUGUCAAUGGAAGAGAAAAUGAAAAUGCUAAAAAAAGUUCAUUUGCUUUUCACUUAGUGUCUAAUUUUCUUCUUUUAUAGCAUGGUAGAGGUAGUCUAUUUUUAUUUAAUGUAUGCAUCAUAUACUGGUUGAGCCUGCCAAAUCCUGCAACUUCUGGACCUGAGGCUUGCUGGACUAUUAUUAAGAAUUCCUGACUCCAGGAUGGUCCUUAAAAUACUGCAGAAUCUUGCCCCCAAUAUUAAAAAAAUCUGCAUGAUUCCCAACUGUUUUUAUUAUAAAAUUAAUGGUAUCAGUAACAAUGAGUAAAUGAUGUCCUUCUUUGAUGCAAUAAAGUAUUACAGUGGCACCUUGAGAUACGAGUCAUGCUUGGCGAUUUUGCCGCUGUAGUCGGCGGCUUGGCACAUCGGUCUAGCUUCAGCUGAGCUACUAUCUACGUCUCUUGCACUGUGAUUGUUUUUUCAUCAUUUUCACAUUAUUUAUUGACUUCUUUUUAAUGUCUAAAGAAAAUGCAGUUUUGUGUGUAAUGUUUAUGUGUGAAUGGUGCCUGCAUCCCUCCCUCCCUCCCUCCCUCCCUCCCUCCCUCCUCCUCCUCCUCCUCCUCCUCCUCCUCCUCCUCCUCCUCCUCCUCCUCCUCCUCCUCCUCCUCCUCCUCCUCCUCCUCCUCCUCCUCCUCCACCAUUUAUCACUAUUAGCCGAAAACAUGUGUUCCCAAGGUAAGAACACUAAAUAAACUUUUACUUUUAUUAUAUAUAUUUUCAUGCAUUGAUAAAGUAUGCAUGUAUAUGUAACUGAAAAGGCAAAACAGAUUUCUCCUAUCUCCGCCUACCUUCUCCAUUGAUGCUUAUCACGGAGGGGAGGAAUGUAAACAAACCUCUACGCCAGCUAUGGCAGUUUAGCCUUUCCUCUCUCUCUCUCUCUCUCUCUCUCUCUCUCUCUCUCUCUCUCUCUCUCUCUCUCUCUCUCUCUCUCUCUCUCUCUCUCUCUCUCUCUCUCUCUCUCUCUCUCUCUCUCUCUCUCUCUCUCUCUCUCUCUCUCUCUCUUACUUAAAACUUCAAUUAUUCAAUGAGUAAGGUUUACGGAAUCGUCAAUGAGCUCUUCUGUGAUUAUUAGAGCAGUCAGUCUUUUGUGGGUGGCUAUAUUUGUACACACCAGCUGAUGGACAGUCUUAAGUGAGGGUUGGGAAUGUGGUAGGGUAACACCAUGUGGAAUGCAUUCUCCCACAUAAAUAUACUUUAUAAGAGUAAUUUAUCUAUUUAUGUUAUCUUUUGUUAUGUUUUAUUAUAUUUUUGUGCAAUAAUUAUUUAUAAAUACCUUUUUCUUACCUGAAAAAAAAAAACGGGUAUUUUUUGGGAGGAGAGACUGAAACAGAUUAAUGCCAUUUCAGUUUAUUUCAAUGGGAAAUAUUGUUUUGAGAUAUGAGCUCUAUCACGGAAUGAAAUAAACUCGUAUCUUAAGGUACAUCUGUAUUAUAAAUAACUGCAGAGAAUCGUAUGACCAGUUUCUAUCACAGACUCUGUUUUUCUUACAAAAAACUAGCAGUUCCACUGUUUCACUUACUUUCGUGCACCGAGAUUUUAAAAAAUUCUGCCUGGCGCUACGCCUGCCACCGCAGUGCCCGGCACUGCUGAUGGGAUCGGCUGCACUGCCCCACAGUUAAUUCUCGGCGUGCAUUGUGUUCUCACGUGCUGUGCUUCCAUCCCUGUUUUGCUUCUUGAACUUUUCAAGUGCUUUCUCUGUCAGUUUCUUCCUGUUUUCAUGGCAAGGAUCUUAAUGGGCAGAAUGCUCAUCCAGAGCAGCCUGCUGCUACUCAGGAGAGUGGUUUGCUGACGGACAUGGCUGCUUCCACGCUGGUUUUUCUGGCUCAGUCAUCGUGUAAGCCUUCUACACGGGUUUGCUUGAGACCAGACUGCAGCAGGGUCUUGGGUAGUUUCCUGCAGGACCCUCAUUCUGUUUGUGUUAAUUGCAGGGAUAUCCGCAAACCAGGUAAGAGGUGUGGUGAGUGUUCUACUUGGAGCAGUGAUAAAGUCCUCGCCGCCUAUAAGUACCAGUGUGGUUUGAGGCACAGGAGGUUCGCUAAGGCAAAACAUUCCCAUACAGUAAAACCUCAGCUCACAACCAUAAUUUGUUCCUAAAUCUUGUUCGUCACCCGAUUUGUUCGUCCCAUGAAUCAAUUUUACCCAUAAGAAUGUAUUGAAAUACCAUUAACCCCUAGCCGGCGGCAGUGGACGUUGGCUGUCUCCUAAAAUGUGAAUCGUCUAUAUAUAGCUUCUGCCGCCUACUGGUGUGCAGCAUAAAUUUAGUUACACCGCAUUUUGUUACGUUUUGACAGCAUCUUUAUAUAGACUCUACCGCAAUUUCGCGCCGUGUUUACAAGUUUCUCAAAUCAAACUUUAGGCUUUAAAGUGAAAUUUCUUUAUAUGUUUACUAGGAUAAUGGAGUCACUCACACCCACAUUAAAAAAUGUGUCCAGGACUUGUGACCUGGAUGUGGUUUCCCUCCACCCUCCCAAUUAUUUUUGUUUUUGUUUUUUGCUUUUUCAGUUAUGUGAUGGUUUCCUCUCUUACUAACUCAUCAUCUAAAUCAUGCGCUAGAAUCAGCUGUAAAUCCUCAUCAGUGAUUCUCCUCCUUGUAGGAAGCAUGGUUGUGCCUAAAAUUCCCAAAUAUGUCCAAGAAAUAAUACUAUAUUGGUGGAAUGACAGGCAGACAGGAGCACUCCACCCUGCCUGAAAGCUGGGAACAGAGUGUGGUAUGAGUGUGAGAAGUCACGUACACCAAGGCCACUCUUGACUUGCCAGUUAUCAUUUUUGUGGCUCGGGGGCACUCACACGUGGCCGUCUAUAUAUAGUCGAUGCUUAGAAAUACAAGGGAUAAAUUUUGGAGACGAGUCUAUAUAUAGUCAUCCCACAAAUUUUUGAUACAAUCAGGACCGUCUAUAUAUAGUUCCACCGCCGGCUAAGGGUUAAU